CAUUUUGCAACAACAACAACAACCAUCUUUAAUAAAAAAAAAUGAAGAUAAAAAUAUUUGCCGUAAGACUUUUUUACAACUUUUAUCGAAUGAUUGGAUUUAGUUUCGGACGAUUCGAAUGGAAACAUCGAUGGACAAUGAUCAAAUGUACAAUCAUGACUACAUUAUUCAUUAAUGGCUCUUAUCAUGUAUAUAUUCAUAAUAGUCAAGAAUACGAUGGUGUAUCAGCAACUAAAAUUAGUCAAAAUGCAUUUGGUCGUUUAAUUGAUAUGAUUGGUGAAUUUCUAUAUUUGAUAACAUUUAUUGUAUCAUAUCUAGUUUAUUCAUUGAAUGGUUAUGAUUUAAUCCGAUUGGCUGAUUCAUCAAUAUUCACUAUAAUUUAUCCAGAUAAUUUGAAACAUCGUUUCAUAGCGAUAACAUUUUUGAUCAUAACAAUUAUUGAUUGUUCAUUGUUGUUUAAUUAUUUCGCCAAUUUGACCACAAGUUCAAUGGCGUCAAUAUCAAUGAUGAAUUUACUUAAAUGUUAUAUUAUGGUGAUGAUGUAUCUUAGUGAAAUUCUUUUACGAUCAUUGUUUUAUUAUUUCAAAAAUGCCAUACGACAAUCAUUACAACGAAUUGAAUUACAAUUGAAAUCAAAUGAAAUCACCGAUGAAGAAUGUAUUAGUACUAUACGUUUAUUGGCUUAUAUUUCAUUGAAAUUCAAUUCUAAAGCUGGCAUUUUUGGUCUUUUAUUUACAUUUGAAUGGACAUUCUAUCUUAUACAUACAUUGCUUACGAUUCAUCAAGGGCAAGCUACUGUUUUUUCUAUGAUUAUUUUGGCUAUUAAUUCAUCAUUUACAUUUCUUUGGAUAUGGAUGGAUAAUCGAAUUCAACGAACAUUACGUAAUAUUAUCAAACAUCUUCGCUAUAGAAAUGAUCGACGACAACAGAAUUUUAAAAUACAAUCAGCAAGAUCAAUGGAUCAUCUACUGGCAUUAUUGGAUCGACAACGUCAAAAUUCAAUGGACACUGGUCAAUUAUGGCCAUUAUUCGAUCAAAUUGGUGCCAUUUGGAUGAUGAAAAUUCGUCCUAAAUCACGUAAUCAGAUUCGAUAUUUUGAAAUGAUUCAUCUAUAUCAAGAAUAUUUCCGUAUGAAAUUUUAUGAUCUUUUCAUUUAUGAUCAAAGAUUUCUACUAUCAAUGAUUAUAGCUGCUUAUGGUUAUUUUGUGUUAUUGAUACAGACAGAAAAUAAUGAAGAAAAAAAUCAAAAUAUGACAAAUUAAGAACGACAGACA